AUGGUCUCUCAUAUCGAUGGGAAUACCAAGUGUUCCCACCAGCCUGGUGACAUCGCACCGAUAGCAUCGGAUCAGCCUUCCACCAUGGCAGCAUGGAGUCCGCAGACCGAUGCGCCUGACCCUCGAGAACGUCCUGCAUUAAACUCCCAGCAAUCGAACUCCCUCCCCUCAACCCCUUACCAACAUGCGCGCAACCUCUCUUUCCACUCCCGGUCGCCGUCCCCCGUCCGCGGAAGCACCUCACCUCGAUCGACCCACUCCGAGUCGACCCAUCUUCCUCGGAAACCGCUCGGGGCUUGUAAAUAUGAAACGGCAAUGUCUUUCUUCCGAAGACGAAUACCAUAUAAUCUUGGAACGGAUAUAUUGCCGGAGGAGAAGGAGGGCUUGAAAGAGAAGUUAGAGCCGGAGGAGGAGCAGAAAAUGACGACAGACAUAAUGGACCUGUACGAUCGAUUAUUACCGUCCGCCGAGAGUGACGAUCGAAAGCGGCAGCUGGUACGGAAAUUGGAGAAGUUGUUCAACGACCAGUGGCCCGGGCAUGAGAUCAAGGCCAAUGUGUUUGGUUCGUCGGGGAAUAAGUUGUGCUCAAGUGACUCGGAUGUUGACAUUUGCAUCACAACCAACUUUAAGGAACUGGAACAUGUGUGUUUAUUAGCGGAGGUUUUGGCGAAGCAUGGAAUGCAACGAGUUGUCUGUGUUUCGCAUGCGAAAGUGCCGAUUGUGAAAAUCUGGGAUCCGGAGCUAAAGUUGGCAUGCGACAUGAACGUCAAUAAUACCCUGGCUUUGGAAAACACUCGCAUGAUUCGGACGUAUGUUGAUGUUGAUGAACGGGUUCGGCCAUUGGCGAUGAGUGUCAAGCACUGGACAAAACGUCGAACCCUCAACGACGCCGCCCUGGGAGGCACAUUAAGCUCAUACACCUGGAUCUGCCUGAUUAUCAACUUUCUGCAGACCAGGAACCCGCCGAUUUUGCCUAGUCUUCAAGCACGCCCUCACAAGAAGAAAGUAACGUCCGAUGGUUUAGUUUGUUCAUUUGAUGAUGAUUUGAAGGCAUUGAACGGGUUUGGGCGAAAGAACAAGCAAUCAGUGGGAGAGUUGUUCUUUGAGUUCUUCCGGUAUUAUGGGCAUAUGAUCAACUAUGAGCAGAACGUCAUCUCCGUGCGGGAAGGUACUUUGAUCUCAAAAGAGGGUAAGGGCUGGCACUUGCUUAUGAACAAUCGCCUCUGCGUGGAAGAACCAUUCAGUAUUUCUCGGAACUUGGGCAAUACGGCUGAUGACACGUCAUUUCGGGGUCUGCAUUUGGAACUAAGGAGGGCGUUCAAGUUCGCUGCAAAGGGCGAUUUGGAUGGAUGCUGCGAGCAGUACGAGUUUCCCAAAGAAGAAGAGCGGACUUGGGAACGACCUCCGCCUCAACCAAGACCGAUCAUCGCUGCACCCACCCGUGGGGGUCAACGAGGUGGACGUGGAGGUGGCCGGUUCCCCCAUCAGGGCUACCGAGGAGGAAUUGGUGGUCGUCGGACCUCCAACACGGGGAACAAGGGCAAUAGUACCUUCAGGCAGCCGAGUACGACGAAUGCAAAUGACCUGUCUUUACAGGCCCAGCAGCAGGCCCAGUACCUGUUGCACAAUGAGCUUUAUCAGCAGAUCCAGCUUUUGCAGGCACAAGAGCAGGAAUUGAGGAUGCAGCUACACAACCAGGCACUGAUCACUGGGCGCCCUCCACCGGUGUUCCUCCGCCAGUCAUUAUUCCCAUUCGCCGUACCUCAGCAACCUGAAUUCUCUGCGGAUGAGGACUCAAGGUCAAGAUCUGGAACGGUGAAUCAUCCGCCGCUUACUCCCUCACAUCGGCCACAUCAACCCUUCUUCGCCCCAACCUAUGCUUCAGUCAGUGCUUCUGGCACACAGGGAAGCUCUACGAAUCCUUCAUCGCCUUCUACGACUGCCGCCGUUCCUGAUCUUCGCCGAAGCCCCCGAAGAUCAUCUGCUGUAAGCGCUUCAGCUAAGGGAUCUGGAUCUCUUCGGGCGCAGUCGCAACCUGCUCGACCGCAAGAUUCACCGUCUUCGCAGACCUUCCCACCUCUUUAUACGAUUCCACAGCUCUUGGACACUUCCUUAGGCUCCACGCAGCGCCCAGCUCCAGAGUCAUCAGAAGGCGGAGAAGGCAGUAGCGAUGAAAAUACGAUGGCGCCAAACAGCCUCCCCAGUAACGAGUCUCGCUCUGGCUCGGUAGAUGAAAACCGGCCACAAGAUCUCAUGGGAUAUCUGGUCUCCCCUCAACAAUUGCAGGUCUAUCAACAGAACUCAAUGUUGCCACCUUUGACUACAUCUAUGGGGUUGACGCUGCCAAAUGGCUACACGGCUUACCUGCCCGUUCAGCAACCAGAAUAUAAAUCCAGCGACUUUUCGUCUGAUAUCUCGGCACGGUCGGACCAAACUCCUACGAUGACAUCGAGGUCUUCGGUUUCCCAGCCACCGCCACGAUCGGCUUCUCGUCUGGCACCCGCCGACCGUGGUCCUCUGAUUGUAGAUGGUUCGGUGCCACCCAGUGAACCGCGUGCGUCGUCAUACACAAAUGAUUUGAUAGACCCGUAUACUGCCGUGACUCACUAUACCUCCACAUCGGAUGAUCAUAAUAUCAAUACGCCCGCCAGCUUUUCUGAUUCACUGUCUCAGGACUUUCGAGAUCCGGGCCCUUUCGAGUUGGAGCCACCAUCCAAUUUCAUUCGCCCGUCGCAGUUUGAGGUACAACAGAUGACAAACGGCAACGGUGAAUCACAGUCGGAUAAGAUGAAUGGUCAGCCUGAGCUUCUUGCUAGUCGAUUGCAAAAUUACCACCUGUCGAACGCGGAAAAGCUUGCUCAGACGCACGCUUCAAGCAAGACCUCUAUUAAUAAAUCGAAUACAGCGCACCAGUCAGGCAAAGAAACACAUCAGCCGCCUCAGCCCAAGAACUCAGGAUCAUCCAACGACAAAGCCUCCAAUGGGUCACAUUCAAAUGAGCCACGGCGGCAACCGUCCAAGCGGCGACCAAAUGGUGGGGAGGCUUCUGAAAAGGCUAAUGGUGUGAAUCACAAUCAUAACCAUCAUCAUGGCCAUGCCCAUAAGCCCAAGUCCAAGGGACGACACGAUGCGUCACAUAAUCACUCGUCCAAUGCGCCGAACGACUCCAAGGACAGGCAUGGUGAUCACCCACCUAAGAAAGCAGGCGGAGCCACCACGAACGGUACAACCGAGAACAGCCACGGAUGGCAGACGACCAAGAAAAAGCACCGCAGGACCCCCAAAUCAUCUGCUGAGACUCGGAACGGUGUCCACAAUGGCCCCGACCCGAUUCCUGUAGAUGAAUCUUUGCGAAAAGGUGGCUGA